AUGCAGGAAGACCUUGAAGAGGCCCAAUACGGUACCUCGCCAUUUGAUAACUAUGUCACAUCAAUCCAUGAGCAGAACGUCAGUGGAAAUUACGAAGGUAACAUGAAGGCAGCCUGGCUUCGUACUUGCUACGAUGAGGACCCGAAUGAGAAGUAUGAAGGAAUAAGGAUCAAUGCCGAGAUCACUCGUGAUCGAUACCUCGACGGCAAUACCCGCUACGCCUUUGGCAACGGAAGCCCAGAUCACUAG